UGUAAGUGAAAAUAAUUUAUUCAAUCUUGUAAGUUAUUUAUACGACUGCAUCGAGAACAUACUUUCUUUAAUUUGUUCUGUGUACAAAAUCAAAUUUUCGCCGUUAUUUUUCUAUCUGACUGACGCUUGAAUUUUCCUGGCUUUCCCGCCAUUUUGUUUUGUCUCACUAUUUCUAUAGCGGAGACUUUACGAAAAAAUUACAAUUUGCUUACAAUAUUCACUUAUUGAUGCAAAUUUUAAUUCUUUUUAUCAUUGAAAGGACACUGUUCUUUUGCUACUAAUCUAUUUGUUUUGCUUGUUGUUUUUUGUGACUGAUUACAGAACUUCGUCCAAAGUCAGCGUGUUAAGGUUUUCCCUCCGUUUGUGACCUGCGUCUUCCCUCAGCCAUCAUCAGCCUUGUGACCAGUCUUACACCUCCAAUAAUUUCCACUUUUCCCUGUCUGACAUGAUUCGGAUUCGCAAGUGCGUCGUAGAUGGCUGCAAAUCUGAUGUGGGAUCUAAAACCUCCCGGUGGCCGCAUGACCCUCGAGUUUCAGAUGUUUGGUUGGACACUCUCAAACCAUAUUGUUCCGGGUUGAUGGGCCUACCUAGAUAUCGUCUCAGGGAAAAAGUUGUGUGUUUGAAGCAUUUUGAACCCAAAAGUUUCACAAGAGGAAGGAGGCACUACAUGGCUGUACCAUCUUUAUUUACAGCUGAGGAAAUUUCAUCUGGCAAGCCAAAAUAUGAAAAUUUCCACUCCAUGCAUGCUAAAUGGGAUCACGAUUAUGCAAAGAAAAUACCUCUCAAUGCACCUCUGGAAACUACCAAAAGACAUCUGUCAGGAUCAGAACUGGAAGACAUUAUAAAAGUGUUAAAUACAGUGAACCUUGAGCAUUCAUAUGCACUGCCACCCAAUAAAAAAAAGAAGUUUAAUACUGAUGGUAACGACACUAAUGGCUCGUGUGGUUCUAACUCGCAGAGAGAGUUAGAUAAUUUUAACAUAUCCGCAGCAACAGACAUUUCAGGAACCAUUCCUGAUGAUAUUACGACCGCAGAAUGUACUGUUCGUAUUCCGGAAGUCAUAUCUCCUAGCUGUUCAAGAAGGUCCAAUGUGACAUUAGAAACCAAGACGGCAAGGAAAAGACUUAUAAAAAGUGUACAACAAUUAACCCCCAGAUGCAAGAAAAUGUACCAAAAAUGCUCGACUAUACUGAAAUCCCGUCGCCGUAUAGUUCAGUCAUACCAGGAGCGAAUAGAAAAAGCUGAAAAACUAAAUCAGAACAAAUCUUUUUCUGAGCUUGUAGAGAAACUGACUCCUCAAGCCAAGACAUUCCUUAAAAUGCAGGUCACGCUCGCCAAUAAACACAUAAAAAGACGGAGGUUCACAACUGAACAGAAACUCUUGGCUCUAUCACUCCAAAAGCAAAGUCCGAAAGGAUAUAAAUUGCUGCACAAGAUAUUUAUCUUGCCUAGCAGGCGCACUCUAAGAAAAUUUACUCAUCAUAUUUCUCUUGCACCGGGAAUAAAUGAAAACAUAUUUACACAACUAAAGGAGUCAGUUCGGAAUUGGGAUGACAAAAAAAAGUGCUGUUCCAUUGUGUUUGAUGAAGUGGCGUUGACACCUCAUUUGACAUUCUUAGAAUCUGAAGAUCGCAUUGACGGUUUUGUGAAUUUUGGUGCCGAAGUGGAAAGGAAACUAUGCGAUCAUGCCCUUGUUUUUAUGGUUCGAGGUAUAUGCACUUCAUGGAGACAGCCCAUAGCUUAUUAUUUAUGUGAAGGAACAACUCCAACUAUUAAGUUGAAAAACAUUUUAAAGGAAGUAGUAACUGCUGUCUCUCAAACGGGACUUCUUCCAAAAGCGCUAGUAUGCGACCAAGGGUCGACGUUUCAAUCCUGCAUGAACAGUAUGCGAGCAGAUACUCGCAGAUGUCAAUUGCUCCGUAAUGAUCCCCCAAAUAACAAAGUGGAGAUUGAUGGUCAUGCGCUGAACAUAAUUUUCGACCCUCCGCACCUCAUUAAAGGGAUACGGAAUAACUUUUUAAACAAAGAUAUGAUGUUUAAAGGAAAUAUAGCUAGAUGGAGUGACAUUGUCGAAGUGUACAAAAAUGACUGCCACGUAGGAGAAAUUAGAAUGCUUCAUAAAUUAACAGAUGAACAUGUCAUCCCAGAUAAAAUAAGGAAAAUGAAAGUUAAAAACUGUACACAAGUCCUCAGCGAGCGAACCGCUGCAAUGCUCUUGUUUACAUCCAAUUAUGGCACGCAUGCAGAUGGUUCGUUGGUUAGUUCAACCAUGAAGAAUACUGCGGAAGCAGUCCUAUUUUUUGAUCGAGUAUUUGACAGCGUGAACGGGUCCCGUGGUGGCUCGGCUCCCGGCAAGAUGCGAGGACCGGUUAAAGAAAUAAAUGGAGAGUGCAAACAUCUGGACUUUUGGAAGGAGAGUAUUAGAGUUUUGCAGGAUCUAUACUAUGUAGAUACUAAUGUUGGUGAUCGAAAAAGGGUACCCAGUGUAAAAAACUGGAUAACAACAUUAGAAAGUUUUAUAAAUUUGUGGGUUGAGCUUAAAGAUAUGGGUGUAAGCUUUUUUUACACUCGUAAUUUAAAUCAGGACCCGUUAGAGAAUUUUUUUGGCCGAAUACGCGCACUUAAUUAUAGGAAUGUUAAUCCUGACCCUUAUUCGUUCAUCUGCUCCUUUAAGUCUCUGUUAGUGACUGAUGUCCUCGGCCCACAUUCUCCGAACUCUAAUUGCGAGUAGGAUAUGGGGGAGGCUAUCUUUAAUAAGGGAUUAAUGUUCGAAGUCCAUGGUGCUCCAGCUAGUUUGCCUGUUGCAGGCCCUUCCCGUGAGCCGCGAGCAUCUCCGUCGCCGUCGCUGCUGCAGCAGGCGCGCGAGGAGACGCAGAACGUCCGCUCUUCUGCCUUCACUGCCGGAUUUGUAUCACGCCAACUUAUUAAAAAGAUACCUUGCACUGAUUGUCGAAAAACAAUGUUGACUACCGAAAUUACUGAUGUACAUGACUGGGUUACACAAAGAGAGCGUAGGCUUUUAAAGGGAAGAAACUUAAAGUAUCCAAAUACUAAAUUUAUCAUUUUGUUCCGGAAAUUAGUAACUUGCAUUAAUCAAUAUUUAGAAUAUCAUAGUCACCAAAAGAGUGUAGUAAAAUAUAUUAAAGUAGAAUUUCUAAAAUCAGCAGAUGUAAGCUGGUUGGGAUGUAGUCAGCAUUGUCGAGAACUACUAGAUAUGUUUGUCAGUCUGGUGUGCCGAGUUCAAAUUCACAAUUGGUGCAAUUGUAUCAAUAAAAUUAUGAAAGGGUCAUUUUUAGGCAAAAUGUCAUCAUCAUCUAUGACCCCUAUGCAAGAAAUUGCAUU